UAAAAUCAUAAAUUCAUUCUUCUUCCCUCCCCUCCCCUCUCUCUCUAAAACACUCGCCUUUCUCUCUCUCUAAAGCCUCACUCCAUCGCAGAAAAUUCGUAAUCUCACCCCUUUUGCCACCAAUCCUCCAUUAAUUUCAAAUCUGGAGCUUUCCUCAAACGCUGUGAAUUGAAUUCAUUGGAAAGGUGAGGAGGGAGAAGAGGUUAGGACUCCACACUUUCUCUUCCCAACAUUCUUGGGACACCUCAAGUUAUAUUUCCAACACUCCCCCUCAAGUUCUUAUAUUAGCACAUAAUGGGGCCCACGAGAAAGUCGAAAAGUGUGAAUAAGCGCUAUUCUUAUAUCCACGAGGUAUCUCCCAGCAAAGAUGGAGAUAGUUCUAAAAAAAGUAACAGUCGGAAAAGGAAGUUGUCUGACAUGCUUGGGCCUCGGUGGACCAUGGAAGAGCUAACUCGUUUUUAUGACUCUUACCGCAAGCACAGUAAAGACUGGAAGAAGGUAGCUGGUGCUGUCAGAAAUCGUUCAGCAGAAAUGGUGGAGGCACUUUACACGAUGAAUCGGGCAUACUUAUCUCUUCCACAUGGAACUGCUUCUGCAGCUGGGUUAAUCGCCAUGAUGACUGAUCACUAUAGCAAUCUGGCAGGAAGUGAUAGUGACCAAGAGAACAAUGAUGGAGCAGGAUCAUCCCAAAAGACACAGAAGCGUGCUCGUGGGAAAGUACAGCCUCCCACCCCUAAAGCGUCAGAUGAGUACAUUGCUUCAGAAUCUCCGAUCACUGCAUCAAGUUAUGGCUGCCUUUCAUUAUUGAAAAAGAAACGCUCUGGUGGGAGCAGACCUCGUCCUGUUGGAAAAAGAACUCCAAGGUUCCCUGUUUCAUUUUCAUAUGAAAAUAUCAAUGGGGAGAAGUUUUUUUCUCCAACAAGGCAGGGCCUGAAAUUAAAGGCCAAUGCUGAUGAUGAUGAAGUGGCUCAUGAGAUAGCCAUAGCUUUGGCGGAGGCAUCACAGAGAGGUGGUUCCCCCCAGGUUUCUGUUACACUAAAUAAAAGAGCUGAAAGUGUAAUGUCAUCGCCUUUUAGGCAUGCUCAAAGAAAGCAUAAUAUAGCAGAGAUAUCAAAUGCCAAGCUGUUGGCAACAGACACGGAUGAAGAAGAUUUAGAAGGAAGCACAGAAGCCGGCACUGGUGAAUUGUCUAGGUAUAAGCCACAAUUGAUUGAAUCUGUAAGUAUUGGUACAACAAGACAGAAGGGAAAAAAACUUGACGGGAGAAAACAUGAAGUUGAUAACAAUAUUGAGAGUCAUUUGGGUGACAUCAAGGAAGAAUGCAGUGGAACAGAGGAAGGUCAGCAACUGCUGAGUGCAAUGAGAAGAAAGUUUGAUGUGGAGGUCAAUGACACUAAGGUAUCCAGAUCCCCUAUGCAGAAGAAGAAGAAGAGCAAAAAGGUUUUAUUCGGAAGAGACGAAGGAUCUGCUUUUGAUGCCUUGCAAACAUUGGCGGAUUUGUCACUGAUGAUGCCAACAGAUAAUGAAGAUGAAUCUCCGCCAGCAAACCAGCCAAGAGAGAAGCGUAGACCCUCAGGGGUAAGAACGAAAGGACAUCUAGCAUCGAGUCUUGAAGUUGCUUCUAGCAAAAUAUCAAAACCUGGAAAAGGUUCAGUUUUUUAUGGUAGUUCUGUUCAUGAAGAAAACCAGGAUUCCCAUCAGUCUACCUCUAAAUCAAGAAAAAAACAAAAGACGACAGUGCCUAAGAGUCAAAAGCCUGAAACUCAUGCUGAUAUUCAUCUUAGUGGAUCUCCAGGGAUUGAGGUUGGAGAUGUAGGCAAAAAAUCUUCCCAGAGCAGUUCCCCGAAAGUGAUGAAAAUGUCAGAAAACUCUUCUGGUACUGAUUUGCAGAAAGAAGGAAGUGACUCCGCCCAAUCAGCCACACAGGUUACGUUCGAUAACUUAACUACUAAAAUGAGGAGCCGGCGCAAGAUGAAUCUUAAAAAACCAUUGGUCAAGAAAGACCUGAAGUUAUCUGAAAAGAUCUCAAACGAUGAGAAUAAUCUGUCACUUGGUUCGCUCCAUGAUACAGUGCCUAGAUUUAAGAACCUAUCUAAUUGUUUAUCGAAUCAACGUCUGAGGAGAUGGUGCACUUAUGAAUGGUUCUACAGUGCCAUUGAUUAUCCAUGGUUUGCAAAGAGGGAGUUUGUUGAAUAUCUGUAUCAUGUUGGAUUGGGUCAUGUACCAAGAUUAACUCGUGUAGAGUGGGGUGUCAUAAGAAGUUCACUUGGUAAACCACGGCGGUUUUCAGAGCAGUUCCUGAAGGAAGAAAAAGAUAAGCUUAAUCAGUAUCGAGAUUCUGUCAGAAAACAUUACACUGAGCUCCGUGAAGGUCUAAGGGACGGACUACCGACUGACCUUGCAAGGCCUUUAUCAGUUGGUCAGCGUGUCAUUGCUAUUCAUCCAAAAACAAGGGAGAUUCAUGAUGGAAGUGUGUUAACUGUUGAUCACUUGAAGUGUCGGGUUCAAUUUGACCGUCAAGAGCUAGGGGUUGAAUUUGUCAUGGACAUUGACUGCAUGCCUGUAAAUCCUUUUGAGAUCAUGCCUGCAAUGCUUGGCAGACACACAAUCACAGUUGACAAGUUUUUUGAGAGCUUCAAUGAACUGAAAGAGAAUGGACGAGCAAAGGAGUAUAUUAAGCUUUCCCCUAACGCCAACCUGGAUAAUAUGGAUGACAUUUCUCGGCUAUCUUUAUUAGCUAAUCCUGCCAGUUUGCUGAAGCAAUCAAAGGUUGCAUCUGAAGUUUCAACAAGGCUGGGAACUGGUGAUACCGCAACGUACCAGCAAACUUAUUCUCAGCCCGGUACACUAGCGCAGAUCCAGGCAAAGGAAGCUGACAUUCAAGCUCUUGCACAACUGACUCGUGCUCUUGAUAAAAAAGAAGCUAUUGUUCUCGAGUUGAGGCGUAUGAACGAUGAUGUGGUGCAAAGUCAGAAGGAUGGUGAUAGCCAUCUAAAAGAAUCGGAACCAUUUAAAAAGCAAUAUGCCGCGGUACUUAUACAAUUGAAUGAAGCCAAUGAACAGGUCUCUUCAGCUUUACAUCGCUUGAGAGAACGAAACACAUAUCAAGGAAAACUUCCACUUGCAUGGCCAAGGCCGCUGCUUGGUCUUGCUGAUCCGGAUAGCGAAUUCAAUUCUUUUGACCGUUCUGCAUUUCAUAUUCAAGAAUUGGGAUCACAUGUGAAUGAAAUCAUGGAUAGCUCGAGAACAAAAGCUCGGACAAUGGUGGAUGCCGCAUUGCAGGCAAUAUCAUCACUCAAGAAUAGGGAGGAUACCAUGGAGAAGAUUGAGGAAGCCAUAGACUAUGUAAAUGACCGGCUUCCCUCAGACAAUUCCUGCAUGCCUGUGAGAACUGAUCCUAAAUCUACAAAUGCAUCUGAUAUUGAGGCCGAAAUUCCUUCUGAGCUGAUCACAAAAUGUGUAGCAACUUUGCUAAUGAUUCAGAAAUGUACAGAAAGACAGUUCCCUCCAUCUGACGUGGCACAGAUACUAGAUUCUGCUGUGACAAGCCUACAGCCACGCAGUUUGCAAAACCUUCCUGUUUAUACCGAGAUACAAAAGUGUGUGGGCAUCAUCAAGAACCAGAUAUUGGCUCUAAUACCUACUUAGUCAAUUAACAGUCUUAAAAUUUGACUUGUAAGUUUUGUCUCAACUCUACCCUUUUCGUUGCAUUCAUAGGUUGGUUAGAUUUUGUUCCUACCAGUUCUUCGUAUUUUCUCCACCAGGUUCAGCUAGUUUUCUAGUUGUGGGAAAAUGACGUUGGUAUAAAUAUUUGUACAUGAUUUUCUAUCAACUCUAUAAGGCAGUCGCUUCAACUGCAUCACUUGCAUUUUACAUUAUGUAGGGAAUGCCAUUAACAGAUUGUAAAUCAGUUAGACAGACGAUGAAAGUGCAAUAAGAUGAAUGAAUUUCAGUUGUCUUCUUUUAA